AAUAGUGGAAAAUAAUUUAUAUUAUCUUAUAAGGCAUCUUAAAUGGAUAUAUUCUUAAACGAAAGAAAUAUAAAGGCUGAACGAAUUGGUCAACAGCAGGAAGUAGCAGUAACCAUGACAACGUCCAACAGACGCCACAACAAAUCCCGAUUAGAAAUUUUCAAUCCAAAUCGAGUGUUCUCAACAAAAUGCUGCAUCAGGGCAUAAUCCUACGUGAAGGGCAUGUCACACGAACCAUAUACAAUCUGAUCAAGGAUAAGCGCUACGAGGAUGUCAUCGAGUGCAUUGCGAACUGCGGCGAGGCGGCGAAUACCCGAGCAGGACUCUCCACGCUGGGUCACUGCUACUAUCAUGCCCAGAAGUACGAGGAGGCCGCCAGUUGCUACGAACAGCUCUGCCAGCUUGUGCCCAAGGAGCCCAAGUACAGAUUUUACUAUGCCCAAUCAUUGUACCAGGCUGGUAUCUUUGCGGAUGCGUUGCGGGUGCUGAAACAGAUCGGUGACAAGGAGUCUGAGUUGCGGGAACAAUGCCUGCAGUUGCAGAGUGCCAUACUGUAUUCCAGUGAGGAUUAUGCUGGGGCACAGAGUCUACUCAAUCAGCGGGCUGGCAGCACUGCGGAGACUCUAAAUGAUGAGGGCUGUCUGCUCUAUCAAGCGGAUCAGCACGAAGCGGCUGUGCAGCGUUUCCAGACCGCCCUCCAGGUGGGUGGCUUCAAUCCCCUGGUGGCCUACAAUGUGGCCCUGGCGCACUUUCAGCGCAAGCAGCGAGCUCAGGCACUGGACUACACUGCGGAGAUUGUGGAGCGUGGCAUGCGCAAUCAUCCGGAAUUGGGCAUCGGUGCCCAGGUGGACACCGAGGGCAGUGCGCGAAGUGUUGGGAAUCCCAUCACCAUGGCUAUAUCGGGCAUAACACAGGCACUCAAUCUGAAAGCCGCCGUAGAGUAUCAGGAUGGCAAUGUGGAGGCGGCACGCGAUGCACUCUUCGAUCUGCCGCCACGUGCCGAAAGCGAACUGGAUCCGGUUACGCUGCACAACAUGGCACUCACCGAUGCCCAAGGACCGGUGGCGGGUCUACGCAAGUUGGCCUUCCUGCUGGAGCUGGGCGCACCGGCCUGUCCCAAGGAGACGUUUGCCAACAUUCUGCUGACCUGCUGCAAGCAUGAGCUCUACGAGACGGCCGCCGAUAUUCUGGCCGAGCACACGGAUCUCACCUACAAGUAUCUAUCGCAAUAUCUGUAUGAGCUAUUGGACGCACUGAUUACGGCUCAGACCAGCGGCGAGUUGGCCGAAAAGAAACUGGGCACACUUGCCUCCAGUUUGUCGGGCAAGCUGCGCAGUCUGGCUGCCCGGGUGCAGGAGGUGAGGGCAACCAGCGAGCAGCAGGCGCUCAGGGAUGCACUCAAGGAUUACGAACAGGCAUUGGAACUCUAUUUGCCAGUGGUUAUGGCACGUGCCUGGAUCUCGUGGCGUGAGGACGAUUUCCUGGGUGCCGAGCGUGAGUUUCGCUCCAGUGCCGAGUUCUGCUCGGAGAAUGCCAUCUGUUCCGUGUGGCGUCUGAAUGCGGGACACGUGCUCUUCAUGCAGGACAAGUACAAAGAGGCGGCUGCCUUCUACGAGCCCAUUGUGCGCCAGCACUCGGAUGAUAUCAUGUCCGUUUCGGCGGCGGUGCUGGCGAAUCUGUGCGUCUCCUACAUCAUGACAUUCCAGAACGAGGAGGCCGAGGAGCUGAUGCGCAAAGUGGAGAACGCCGAGGAGCUGAAGGGCAAUCAGGGCAAGCAGUACCAUCAUCUGUGCAUUGUCAAUCUGGUCGUGGGCACUCUCUACUGCGCCAAGUCCAACUAUGAGUUCGGACUCUCGCGCAUCGCCCACGCCCUGGAGGGUGGAUCGGGUGCUCGCCUUUAUGCGGACACCUGGCUGCAUGUGAAACGCUGCAUGCUCGGCCUGCUGACUGGGAUGGCCAAGCAGAACAUCAUUCUGCCCUUUCCAGCCGUGCAGGAGGUGCUCAACUUUCUUAAAUCCUGUGAGGCAUAUGGCUUAUUCACUCCGGCGAACAUCUAUGCGGCCACGGAGCAGACGCCCAACGAGCCGCUGACCAUUGGACUGGAGGCCAGGAAACUGAGGCUACUCUUGAUCAAGCUAAGCGAGUACGAGAACUAUUAAGUGUCCUGGCAUUAUCUCUAUAAAGCUCGUUUAAAAAUCUGAUUGCAUUCAAGCAUUUCAUGAAUAAAAGAUCUUAGAUAUAUUUUUAAAAA